ACCGGCAUCCUGCGGGUCAGGCAGCCGGUGGCACCUUAAUUGGGGAAGACGGCUCACAGUAAUGGCAUAAAUGGAAUGGCAUCUAACACAUAUAUGGUGUCCAUGUGUUUGAUACCAUUCACUCCACCCAUUGCCUGGCAGAUCUAAGGACGCUCCAUUAUGCGUACCAAAGAGUUUGUUUCCAGGUCGGAAAUGUCCGAUUUGUCUUGAACGCAGCAUCAUCUUCCAACGAGUUUCCAGUCGGGAACGCGACAGAAGUAUGUCAUCAUCCAAAAGUCUUUAGUGAGGCUGGAAUAUAAGGAAUGUGAAUGUCGGAGGACCAGGCAGCGCAGAAGGAUGAGCUGCUUGCUCUAGCGAGUAUUUACGACGAAGAGGAGUGUCACGGAGCUGAAUCGGCACAAGGCGGAGAAAUACAACUAUGCCUUGAACUUCCUCCUAAUUUCAAGUUGAUAGUCAAAGGAGACAAGCACACAGAAUAUGACGUAUCUUUCCUACCUCCCCUGGUGCUUAACUUUGAACUUCCUGCCGACUACCCUUCCUCCUCAUCUCCGGUCUAUACACUAAGUUCCAAAUGGCUGUCAAGGGACCAGAUGACUUCUCUCUGCAAGCGUCUAGAUGAGCUGUGGGGGGAGAACCAGGGCUGUGUUGUCGUCUACACAUGGAUCCAGUUCCUCAAGGAGGAGGCGUUUGCCUUCCUGGAUGUCAAGUCUCCACUAGAGGUUGUUAAGGCAGGCAAGGCUCCGGUUGACUCGAAGAGAAGCAAGGCUGCUGUGAAGCAGGCGGGGACUAUAAUCGGGGAGGAAGGCAAACUGGAGUCUCUGCUGGAGCUGGACCCCCGUGCUGUGCUGGUGGUGGACCCCCGUACUGAUAUCCUACCUCAGCUACUGGACUUUGACGAAGCUCAAAGGCAGAAGGUGUUUGACGGCAAGGCGUUCUGCUGUAGCAUCUGCUUCAUGGAGAAGCUGGGCUCGAGCUGCCUGUGCUUCAAGGAAUGCCAGCACGUGUACUGCAAGGCCUGCAUGACAGAGUACUUCGGGAUUCAGAUCCGCGACGGCAACGUUCAGUGUCUUAACUGCCCCGAGCCCAAGUGCACCUCCUUGGCUAUGCCCUCACAGGUCAAGCUCCUUGUCGGGGAGGAGUUGUUUACUCGUUAUGACCGUCUCCUGCUUCAGUCCAGCCUGGACCUGAUGGCUGAUGUGGUGUACUGCCCUCGCCAGUCAUGUUGUCAGGCUGUGAUGGUGGAGCAAGACACCACCAUGGGCAUCUGCCCUGCCUGUCAGUAUGCCUUCUGCACCCUCUGCAAACGUGGAUACCACGGCCUGUCCCACUGCAAGGUCACAGCAGAUGAGCUGCGAGGCCUAAGGGAUGAGUAUAUCUCUGCCAGUGCCGAGGGGAAGAAGUUCAUGGAGCAGCGUUUUGGGAAGCGGGUUAUCCAGCGUGCCGUGGAGGAGUCCUUCAGCAGGGACUGGCUCUAUGAGAACUGUAAAGGCUGCCCGCGCUGUGGCACUAACAUACAGAAGGUAGAUGGCUGCAAUAAGAUGACUUGCACCUUGUGUAAGCAGUACUUCUGCUGGCUGUGUCUGGGCCAGCUCACACUUGUCAACCCCUACAGCCACUUCAAUAACCCCUCCUCGCCUUGCUACAACCAGCUGUUCCAGGGUGUGGAUAUUGAUGAAGAUGAUGCCUUGAGUGAUGAAGAGGACUGAUGUGUGCAAUACCUCAGUGUGCUUCGUUUGUUUGCAAUUUAUCUCACCCUCACUACACAAACUGCAUCUGGAUUUAGCCAACGCCACCAUUUCUCACCAUCAUUGAUCAGGCAUUUACUAUGCCAAAAUAUAUCAGUAAUUUCUAAUGGUUAACUGGCUAGCAGAGAGCGAUUCCCAGCUUAUACAGGCACAUUACCUUACUCCAUACAGAAGUCAAAUAGUCAGGGCCAGUAUUUUUCUGAAAGCUCGUGAAGACGGCGUUCUAAUGUGAUGUGUUACAGUUCUAAUGCUGAGUUUAGAUGAUUUGAACAGAUAAUGUUGCCAUGUUUUAUCAAUCUCAAUUUAAAAAGAAAAU